CCGAAAUAUGUGGAGAGCAGGAGGGAUCUGAGCGUAAUGACAUUGACCCCAGACAUGCCUAUGCAAGAGCGCAGAGGCCUGACUUCCCAAGCUACUCCACUGAUCACCUAAAGACUCCAUUGUCCGCUAGUAUCAAAUACUCCCCCUCCACAGCGAUUUUGGAGAGUUUGCCAGCCACGACGACCUCCUCCUGACCCAACUUCUUCUCAACCCACCACCAGAGCGUACCUUCGUCUUAUUCACGCCAACCCACACGACAACAUCCGUCUCGGACAACAGGGACAUGAACUUCACCUUCGAAAGCACGUCCGAGCAGGAGCCUCAGGAGCCCAGCAGCUACCCUGUUCCGGAUUCCAGCGCAUGGGACAGCCCGCAAGAAAGGCGCCUCAUGCUCCAGCAGUUCCGGAUCCAAGCCCUCCAGCGCGAAGUCCACGAACGCUACGCGCCGCUUCGGCCAUCACCGCUCCGGAACGAGAUAGACCCGGCGGACCUUCCGGACCCUGAGGUUCCCCACCCUCAGCUGAUCGACGCGGGGCUUACCGACGCCGAGCUGAUCGACCCCGGGCUGAUCACCCCCGACCCAACCGACCCCGAGUCAACCGGCCCCGACUCGACCAACCCCAAGUCAACCGACUCCGAACCAACCGACCCCGGACCAACCGACUUCGAGCCAACCGACGACGCGGACAUGGCCAUCUCGUCUAUGGCUGAGAGCGGCGAUUCGGGCUUGGGCGGGUCUGACAGCCCGAGCAGCCCUAGCUCGAGCAGUGACGAACCAGACUACGACUCGGACGAGUCUGACAGUAACCGACAUGGGUCACUUCGACGCAUGGCUGGGGGCGCCAUCAUCUCGCCAGAACCGGAGUAGAGCUUCGGUCUGAUAUUGAUGAUGGAUGACAUGGCCGUGACGGGGGCACACAGGUGUACGGACUUGAACCGCGGGCGGUUCAAGGGGUGAGAAGGGGUGAGCGCGAGAAGGUGCAACUACCUUAGGUAGGUAGCUUAGAAGGAUCUGGGCCCGUUUGAACAGCGCCCAAUAGAUUAUAAUGUUAAUAAUCGCCAUGGA